AUGACUGGUCAGAUGUAUGUGGAAAAACUCGUGCCACUGAAGCCAACGCAAAAGUACCCAUUGAUCUUCAUCACGGGAUCAGGCCAGACAUCCACAAAUUGGCUUAAUACACCAGACGGCCGUGAAGGAUGGGGCUCCUACCUCCUCUCGAAAGGAUAUACUCUCUACCUGACAGAUCAACCUCAACGAGGACGAUCUCCAUGGGUGCCAGGAGAGGGUACAAUCUCAAUGUACAACGUCUCCUUCAUCGAAGACUACUUCACCUCGCCCCAAAACGCAGAUCUCUGGCCCCAAGCUCAUCUCCACACUCAAUGGCCCGGCUCAGGCACCAAAGGCGACCCAACCUUUGACGCAUUCUUCUCUUCAGAAAUCCAACAACAAGCCAACGAUACUCUCGCCGAGACCCUCAACGUAGCCGCUGGCGUCGCGCUCCUCGACAAAAUCGGCUCCGCAAUCAUAAUCACGCAUUCGCACUCUGGUCCCUACGGCUGGGGCAUCGCUGACCGGCGCCCUAACCUCGUGAAAGGAAUCGUCGCUCUCGAACCCGAAGGUCCUCCUUUCGUGCAAGAGGUCAUUCGUUCUGGUCCCGCGAGACCGUAUGGGAUCGCCACAUUGCCGCUCACAUACUCACCCUCCAUCACCAAUCCGUCAGAACUAGUUACUCAGACUAUCGCUGCACAGGGCGUGAACAGGAGCUCGUGUAUCCUGCAAGCGGAGCCAGCGAGGAAACUUGUCAAUCUGGCGACGAUUCCCGUAUUCGUGAUGACGAGUGAGGCGAGUUAUCAUGCUGUUUACGAUUAUUGCACCGUCGACUAUCUGAGGCAGGCUGGGGUGACGGUGGAUUAUUUGGAUUUGCCGGAGGUGGGGAUUCAUGGAAAUGCACAUUUUAGUUUCAUGGAGUUGAAUAACUUUGAGAUUGUGCCGCAUGUUGAGGAGUGGAUUGGUAGAAGGGAAUAG